UAUUAAAACCUUUGCAGAAGAAAAGCCUUCUGCAAAACGAUCUGAUUGGUUGCUAUGGGCGACUGCACCGCUCUUUCUCUGCACAGGUUUGAUAAAUCUCCUCUAUAAUACAGUAUAUUAUAGGGCAGCUGUCACAUGUUUUCUGUAAAUAAGACUGGUAGCACAGCCAAAGUGUAUAUACACAUGGCAGACCUUCAUAGAAACUGUUCUUGACUCGAUUUUACAAAAACACCAAAUUUUAUGGGCAUCGGAAUGUCGAGGAGGCCUGGCGGGAGUCCACUGUAUCCCUGGGCCGCAGCACAUCUGCCCAUUAAGUCUGGCAGACGUUUUUUAAAUUAUGAAAAGUGCCCUCUUUUUUUGAGCCCCUGCCCUUCAAAAUGUCUGUGCACGUCCCUGCUGCUCGGUGUUAUAUUAGAAUUAUUUUUCACUUCUUUUAGGUGGUUUUGGGUUCUAGUAUGCGCUUAUAUUUUAUGAUCUACGGUAGCUUUACUCCGAGUUUCAUCUUGCCUCCAUCCUGGUCCUGAGCGGCACAAGUACCUGUUUGGGUACGUGGCCAUGGUUACCAAUCAAGCCGACUUGGGCCUUAAAAAGAGGUUGCGCAAUGACGUACUUCCGAGACCGGACGAAGCACAUCCUUGUGGGAAAUACCGGUAUUGUCUCUUAGCGCUUCCUGCGACAUGCUGUGCCUGUGACCCCGGACUCCCGGACACUACUACCGAUACCCAGCGGACAAUUGACUUGGAUCACUGUUUAGUUCGUCAAUCAAGAGAAAAUGGGAAGGAAAUCCUAUGUGUGGUCAUGGAGAGCAUUCGGACAACUCGCCAGUGUUCUCUGUCUGUCCAUGCUGGUAUGUGGGGAGAAGCCAUGAGGUUUCACAUAAUUGAUGAGAAAAAUCACAAAGGGCGCGACAAAGCUAUUGUAUUUCCUGCGCACACAACCAUAGCGUUUAGUAGCUUUGAUCUGUACAUUCAUCUGGAUGGUCACUUUGAGCUUUGUGUCUCAUCUGCUUCAAAAGGAGGAUUUGAGAAGGAGCCCAGUAGAUCGUUUUCAUUAAACGCUAUACAGAACACCCUGUACCGAACAGGCAUCUUAUUCACCGGAAAAAGAACAAUGGAUAUCAUUGCUAACGCAGAUUCUUACAUGGAUGACAUCUUUUCCAAUUACUAUGACAAGGCUGCUAGCAUGACUGACAUUUCUACUACAUACAUGCGAGAAGGCGCUCACACUCGUGUUAACCUCCUAACCAAUAACAUUUCCAAGGGACCCUGCGCUCUGUGUGGGAUGGGAAACUCCAAAAGAGACACUGUAUCUGGCUGCUUUGAGUGCUCGUUCAAUGGCCAGAAGUACGUCAGGCUGCAUGCUGUACCUUGCUUUGACCUGUGGCACAAAAGACUGAAGUGAUCAUUGUACGUGACACGUUUGUGCCCCUAUGUCGAUUCUCAGGUGAACCUGUGCCACAGCUCCCGUCACAUAUAUGCAAAAAGUACUCCUUCGACUACUGAACCAUGCAAGGUGCUCUGUGACUAUACUGUUUAAUGGUCAAUGAUUCAGACGGCCAAUAGGCAAACAGUGUCAAAUGGACUUAUAAACUACUAAUCACAAAAAAUAAGAAGUAGACAAUGCCAGCGUUUCGAUGCAGAACAAAAUCCUAAAUGGUAAAAGGAACCUCCUAUCGAGGGCAUAGUUAUGGAGGUAGCAGAGGUAGCGGUCGCACCGGGGCCCUGGUUCCUCAGGGGGCCCCAAAGCACAUCUGUCCCAUUAGAGACCAGUAAUAUACAGUGGCGUCUCUAGGGGGGGGGCAGAGGGGACCAUGGCCCCCCCUACAUCAUGAUUGGCCCCCCCUUGUGCCCCCCCUAGCAGCAGUAGGUCACUAGCAGCUCUCAUGGCCAUCAGGGGGGUACAGCUAGUUCACCAGUAAGGGGUCCGAGCCCCCGCUGCACCCCUCGCCCCCCGGAGCCAUCUACUCCGGCAUCCUUUUUUUAAAAUAAAUCUUCAGCCAGCAGUCACCACGCAGGGGUCGCGCUAUGCAGACUGGGAAGAGCAGACAGGAAGCUCCUCCCCCUCUCUCACUCCCCUGUAUGCUGGACCUUGUGGAGCAGGCCCGCUGUGUGUAUACAGGCCCGGACACCAGUGCCCACUGCUGAUGCUGCCCUUUUAAAGUAAGUAACUUGCUUGGGGGUAGGGUUGCCACCCUGCCGGUAUUUUACUGGCACAGCCGGUAUUUUCAUCUACAUUCUGGGCUGUGCCGGUAAGUUUGGAUGAAAAAUACCGGCCAUGCAAUGGCCGGUAUUUUUCAUUCACUGACAGGGGCGGACUGAGCAGCAUCCCCAGAAGAGCACUUCUUUCAUGACCGGCAACUACAUUUUGCCUGUGACCUGCAGGCUGCCGCACUACAGUUUCAGCCCCCGACACAAAGCCCACUGACUGUCGGGCCGUACAAUGCCCAGGUCUGACACCACCAGCCUGUGACAGGGAGAGCUCUGUGCGAUGACAGGAAGAGAUUGUACAGUGCUGGGGAGGGGGCGUGCACCUCCUGUCUCCUCUCUCCCCCUCCCCCUCCUUCCCUCUGCCGUGCAGUCUUACAACCCUCCAUAGGCAGAGCAGGGAGGGGAGAGGAGGAGAGGCCGUGUAUCCUGUCUCCCUCUGCAGCGCAGGGCGGGUGAGUGUCUG